GCCAAUUCGUUUGAUUCAGUUCAGGUUUGUUGUUUAUGUGUCGUCUGUUUUUAUUAAUUUGUUUAAAUGGAUCUUAUCCAAUUAACCCAGCGGCAGAAUGAAGGUUUUAUCACCAACCAUUCAUAUAGCAAUUUAAUGCACCAUAAACUUCUUAAAAGAAUGCAUUCUCAUCAAAGUGAAGUUUACCAGAAGAAAUUUUCCCCAUAUGGCGCUGAUUUUUCUUCUCUGAACAACAGAUUAUUGGUUGCUCAUUCAGGUCAACAUGUUUCAUUAUAUGACAUGGCAAAGCCUAUCAAGGCAGGAUACGAAUGUAUGAAAGUUUGGGAAAUCCAAAGUACUUUACGUACUGGCCUGGAGAGUAUUAAUUGGAACUCUCAAGGUGAUUUUUUCACCUUUUCAGCUAAAGACCAACACCUCUACUGUGUUGAUGUUGAACAUAUGGAAGAAAUAGACAAAAUAAAAAUAAAAGAAGCUCAUCGAAUUUUUCAACACAAGCCCAGUCCUCAUAAUCCCGAAAUAGUUGCAGUGGCAUCACCUUUACCGGAUGUCGUUUUAGUAGAUUUGAAAUCUGGAAAUUUGACUAGUACUGCUCCAUUUCAUCCUAGUGGUGUGCUUUCAAUUUCCUGGUGUGGUCGAAAUGAAAAUUUAUUAGGAACAGCUGGAGAUAAUGGAGUUAUCUUCUGGGACAUCAGGCAAUUUAGAAAGCCUAUGUAUGUUAAUGGAGACAAUUGUGCUAUUAGUGGUGUUCUGCCUAAUUUUGAAAUUAUUUCAUUCACAGACGAUCUAGUUGUUUUAAAUCCAGACCGGACACUUACGGUGUGGAAUGCUCACAAACUGCAUAAAAUUUCUCAUUGUGGGCCAUUUAAUAAUGUCCCUUAUAAUAGGAACGUAAGAUACCAAUUUGCACUAAGUGGAACUUCAAAGCCUGGACUAAUAUUCAUGCCUGAAAAUCAAGAUAUAGUAGUUUACGAUUUCCAAACGAUGGAUAUGACAUGUGUUCUUCAACAUGGGCAUAUAAUGCCUGUACAAAUAUGUCAUUUCAGCGAAUACCGCUACCAGAUAUUUUCCAGUUCCUUGGAUGGAAGUCUUGCAUGGGUUCCGAAACCACUUCUUUGGGGCCAGUGCUGGACAAGCUCUGUUCUUGAUGAGUAAAUUAAUUAAUUUAUUUUCCAGUUUAUUUAUUUUCAGCCAAUUUUACACCAAUUUUUAAAAUUAUCAAGUUCAUGACUACACAUCUCAAUUACAACGUUUUACCUCGUCUAGCCAUUUUCAAGUCUAAAAGAAAUUUUUCAAUUUACAAUCAUAUCUAAACUUUACAUAUUUCAAAAUAUAAAGAUUUUUUAUAUAUAGCAUUUCCAAGUCAAUUUCAACCUUUUCCAAGUCAAUUUCAACCUUUUCCAAAUCAAAUUAAACUUUUUCCAAGUCAAAUUCAACCUUUUCCAUUUCAAAUUAAACCUUUUCCAUUUCAAAUUCAACCUUUUUUUAUUUAUUUAAUUAUCAUUAAUUUUUCGAUGCGUGGGUCUGUUAUCGUAUGAGUAGUUUUUUAAAAUAACCUCCUUUUUAAGAUUACAUGACUGCGUUUCGAAUUAUUUAAGUUUUUUUGACUUAUUCGAUAUAAGGGUGUAUUUUUAUGUUUCCCGAUCAGUAAAUUUUUAAAAUGACAUCUAUUUUAUGUUUACG